AGAGAAGGGUGUGGUGUCUGUAUAUAUACACCACAUUUGUGUCUUUCGAAUAACUAUUUUUAUUUAGUUGGCAACAUGUUUGUAAAACUGGUCGUAUUAGCUUGCUCUUUGGUAGUAGCCAAAGCUACCUGGAAUGGUCCCUUAGCCGGUGGCCAGCCAGCACAUCAAUUCCCCGCAGGAGUUAGUCCACAAGCCUGUCCAAAUUUCCCUAACUGUGCCAAUCCCUCAGUAGCUGCCAAUCCACAAGCUCCAGCUGCUCAACAAUGGGGAGCUCCUCAACAACAAUGGAAUGCCCAACCUCAACAACAAUGGAACAACAACAAUCAAUGGAAUCAAGGACAAUACAACCCAGCUCCAGUUCCACAACAGUGGGGAAACGAUGCUACAUCUAGACUUAACAAAGGAGAAUACAUCGGUGAUGGAGAUUAUCACGGUGAAGGACUUGUUGAAGCUCGUGCUCCAGGAUACGAAAACCAAAAUUUAAUUUCUCAAUGGGACAACCCCAACCAAGGAGCCCCCAACCAAGGAGCCCCUAACCAAUGGAACAACGGAGGUAUUCCACAAAAUGCCCACCAAGCACAUGGUGUAGGUCAAAUUCCAGCUGGAGUAGAUGCUCACGCCUGCCCCAACUAUCCUUUCUGUUCUUAACAAGCUAGAUAACCAGGCUGACAACAUGUUGCCUAUAUUUGAAUAGUUUAUUUGUACAUCUCGAUGUAAAAAUCAGAAAAUAUUACGACUAUCUACCAUCAAAUGCAAAUUAAGUAUUCUGCAAUUAUAAUCAAAAGUUACUUUGUUAAAAAUUGUAAUUAUUAAUAAAAUGGACUUUUAAAUAAAAAAUUAUUUGUUAAAAUCUUA